AUGGUGUUCAUCACGCACUUCAACCUCAUCUUGUCAUCUCUUUUCUCGGCAUUCAGCAGCACUUCGCCCCAAGCGGCCGCUGUCGCGCCCAGGGUACUUCGUAAUCAGCAUAAUCAGCGUAAUCAGCAUAGUCAGCAAACAACCUCCUUCCAACCCGAAAACGACAGUAUCGUUCAGAAACUCGACGAUGUCCCUAGUUAUACGUCGGGUCCGCAGCCAUUUUAUCUCAUCGCCCACCGUGUGCUAACCACUCAAGGUGUCCACGAUGCGCUCUUACACGGCGCCAACGCCAUUGAGUUAGACGUAUCUGCGACGAAACAGGAGUGGUAUGCUGACCACGACGACACGCCUUUCACUCGCGGAGACACUGUCAGAACAAUCUUUGAGACCGUCGCUGAACGGCGACAAGCAGGCUGCACAAUCACGUUUGUGUGGUUGGACAUCAAGACCCCUGAUCGAUGCGAUCCGUUAAUAUCAGAGACAAGGCAAUGCUCCAUUGCGGGACUACAGAACCUCGCACGAGAAAUUCUCGAGCCGCAAGGAAUCAGGGUGCAGUAUGGCUUUUACAACCCGAAUAAUAGUGCCUAUGAUUGGCUCGUCGGAAGACAGAACAGUAACGAGGUGAUCAAUUUGAACGGCCAGACGAAUGAGGUCCUGGAGGCGUACACCAGCGCGGGGAUUCCGAAGAUCAAACGGGUGAUUUCUUAUGGUAGUUGGGUCCUUCCAUUUCUCUUCGGCAAUUGCCAUGAAACUAGCUAUUACAGCUGCACGGAGCUUCGACAGGCCGUCGAGUCGCGCAGUUUCGGGAAGGUCUGGGGUUGGACAACGACAGUCGGCCAUGGCUGGUAUGCAGAGAAGAUGUUGAACGAGGCAGGCGUUGAUGGGUUGAUUUAUGGGUUCCAGCUCACGUCAUACUACGACCAUGAGGGCACCCGCGCCGCAGCGGGAGAUAUACUUUCCUGGAUCGCAGCUCAUCCCGACAGGCGGUAUUUGGCAACGAACAAUGACAUCCCUUGGUAG